UUGACUUGGUGUGCCCUGUUGGUGGCAGUCGGUUGGUUUCCACUAGGUUUUUCUCUAAUUAACAAGGCAGUUCUCUUCGCCUGAAUUAGUCGGCUUGUUUCAAAAAAUAUUGGCAGGGCGUGCACUACUGGGCCAUGCACAUCCGACAUACGUAACACCGGACGCCUUCCUGAUGUCGAUGUCUUGGACAUCAUCAUCCUCCUGCUGCUCACUCCGGCACAUGUCAAAGCCUUCUCCAAGGGCUGAGGUCGAGGCAUAGAGUUCAUCUGCCGUGGCUGCCGUCCAAACACAGCACCUUGGCUAAAACCAAAGACGACCUGGCAAUAAACACCAGACAAAAUCUAUCUGCCAUUCCAAAACGCAGGCCGGCGCAGAUUACACAUGCAAAAAAGUUGUCGUUGACCCGGUUCUGCCCGCGCAAACUCGCCUUGGAUGCUCCUCCGCCCUUUACUUAACCAGCCGUCUACCAGGUUAACCACACGCAAAAACUGAGCUCAGCUCCAUUGCCGGUGUUGGCUAGUUUCAAACCAGCGCGGUUGUGAAGCCAUCAUGCCGGUCAAGAGCGGCGCGAGCUUCCGGCUCUCCGCGCUGCCGGUGGUGCUCAUGGCGCAGCUGCUCGCCGCUGCCGUGUUCACUCUCACGCUCGUAUGGGUGUUGCACUUCCGGGGCGGCGUCUCCUGGGAGAUGAGCUCCAACCCGCAGCUGGUUUACACGGCACACCCUCUCUUCAUGGUGAUCGGCCUUGUCAUCUGCACCGGAGAAGCGGUAAUGGCGUACAGGAUCGUCCUGGGCCCACGGGCGGCGAAGAAGGCGGUGCACCUCCUGCUGCAUCUGCUCUCCCUCGGCUUUGCCGCCGUCGGACUGUAUGCCGCCUAUCAAAACUGUUAUGGGCAGCGAGAUAAUUACAUCGUUUAA